GCUCGGCAAUCAUGUCGGCGUUUAAGUCAACUCGUUCACGGCUUGAUGUUCAGUUAAAGAAUAAAGCAUUCUGAUGUUUCUGUGUAAACAUCUUACCUUGAGAUUAUGCUUUUGGUUCUAACGACGUAUCCGCAGCAGUAUUGUUUUUUUCAGAACUAAAGGAAACCCACAGGUGCUAGUAAUCUGAAUGUUUUCACAGUUUCCUGUCUGAGCGAUGGCAUCCCUGUCAGAAGAGGUGCUGCUUGUGGUGAAGAAGGUCCGUCAGAAGAAGCAGGAUGGGACUCUCUACCUGAUGGCUGAGAGGAUCGCCUGGGGUCCAGAGGGCAAGGACCGCUUCACAGUCAGCCACCCGUAUUCAGAUAUCCGCUGUCAGAAGAUCAGUCCUGAUGGAAAAGCCAAAAUUCAGCUUCAACUAGUCCUUCACACGGGCGAGAGCACCACAUUCCACUUUUCAAAUGAAAGCACUGCACUGAAAGACCGAGAAGCUGUCAAGGAGCUGCUGCAGCAGCUUCUGCCCAAAUUCAAGAAGAAGGCUAACAAGGAGCUGGAGGAAAAAAACAGGAUGCUUCAAGAAGAUCCAGUGCUCUUCCAGCUGUACAAAGAUCUUGUGGUGAGCCAAGUGAUCAGUGCUGAGGAAUUCUGGGCCAACAGGUUAGGAGGUAUAAACAAUACAGAACCUGCAGCGUACAACGACAAACAGGAAGUUGGUAUAUCUGGUGCAUUUUUGGCCGACAUCAGACCUCAGACGGAUGGCUGUAAUGGCUUGAGAUACAAUCUGACAGCUGACAUUAUUGAGUCCAUCUUCAGAACGUACCCUGCAGUGAAACAGAAGUAUAGUGAAAAUGUGCCUCAUAACCUGACGGAGAAGGAGUUCUGGACCCGCUUUUUCCAGUCCCAUUAUUUUCACAGAGACCGCAUCAACACAGGAACGCAGGAUAUCUUUUCUGAAUGUGCCAAGCAAGAUGAAAAAGGUUUGAAGUCUCUGGUGAUUCAAGGAGUGAAGAAUCCUUUAGUUGACCUGCUGUCACUGGAGGAUAAAACAUUAGAUGAGGGCUAUGGAGUUGGUUCAGCAUUACCUUCAACCUCCAACGCUAACAAGACGGUGAAGGACAGCAGUAACUCGGCCAUUAUUAAGCGGUUCAACCAUCACAGCGCCAUGGUGUUGGCAGCAGGCUCGCGCAAGGGGGAUAUGCCAACUGACCAAGCCAGUGAAACAAGCAGCACAGAUGGAAACUCAAGGGAUUCGGACUUCUUUCAACCUCCUGUUAAGAAGGUUAAAUUACAAGAAGCCAUAGAAUAUGAUGAUCUACAAGGAGAAAACAGACCGAAAACAGUCGCUUUAAACCUGAAGAAGUCCGACAGGUAUGCUCAUGGUCCCAUGCCGCUUCAGUCCCAGCAGUACACAUCCAGUCAGGAUAUCAUCAACGCGGUCAACUACAUCCGGCAUGAGGUGGUCAAUUACAAACCCAAUCUCACUCAGGUGAUGCCCAGCGCAGCAGCGAGUUCUGCCAUUGCAGCGCUCUCUCCAGGGGGCAUCCUCAUGCAGGCGGGUUCACAGCAAGCCAUAAAUCAGAUGGUUCCCACUGAUGUUCAAGAAGAGUUAAAACAUCUUUAUGUCGCUGCUGGAGAGUUGUUGAGACACUUCUGGUCCUGUUUUCCUGUAAAUACACCUUUUUUGGAGGAGAAGGUGACGAAAAUGAAAUCAAACCUUGAAAGAUUUCAGAUGACGAAGCUUUGUCCUUUUAAGGAGAAGAUUCAGCGUCAGUACUUGAGUACAAAUCUCACAGGGCACUUGGAGGACAUGUUGCAGACCGCCUACAGCAAGUUCCACAUCUGGCAAACCCGCCGGAUGCUAAGGAAAACCUGACCUCUGAUGGUUUCUCAACAAGAAGACGAGAGACUUUAAAGUAUGGACAAAUAACUUGUGAGGGUCCUCUGGGCGGCUGUGAGAGGACGCCACAGACCUCAGCCCAGUGGAACAUGGUUCACAAGGGCUCCGUGAGGAUGUUGAGGGAUGCUGCUGCAAGCCCAGAUUUAACAGAGACUUGCCACAUUUCGGUCGCAAAUAACUGCAUUUACUUUCAUCUUCUUAUCUUUGUUUUUUCCAGUGUUAGAAGAAUCUUUGCUGAAAAUGGUAAAGCAGGACUUUUGAAAUUGUAUAAAAUGACCAAACUUCAUCUGAAAAUCUGAAGAAGAAAAAAAAAAAAAAAGGCUCUCAGGACAACAGACUGAUGUGUAAGAUGUAACCAGAGGAUGACCAACGUGUUAGUGCACGGACCUGAGAAAGGUUGACGUGCACAAAAUUCUUCUGGACACAGAAGCUAUGUGGGACAGUGUUGAAAAUGUGAAGCAAGAAAGGGGCGUAAAAAUAGCAAUAUUGUUUAGACAUUUUGCGCUGGGGUGCGUCAAGUGUGCGUCUCUCCAAUCACACUGUCACUGGUCUGUAAUGUCUGCACUGAAGACGACGUGUCACGGGAUUAAAGUGGGCUUUUGUUCACGUUGUUGGUAGAAAGUUGCAGUAUUUCAUUUCAGCAAAGCUGUGUUAGUGGUGGAUAGGGUUGCCAACUCCCUGAAAAAUAAAGGGACACUUCAUCGGCAGGGCCGGCCAACUUGAUUACCUUCACUUUUCCUGGUGUGGUGAAUUUUUUUUUUUAGCCGCUUUUUUUUGUUAGUGAAACGAUUUUUUUUUUUAACUAUUUUGACUCGACCCUGAAUUGAAUUAGAUGCAUAUUUUUGAAUACCAUGAACACAUAGAAAACAAAUUAUCCAGCAAUUCACUUUC